CCCCGCAGAAAGGUGUUACACAGUGAGCCGUCUAUUGAUGUGAAUUUUGGCAGCACUGCACAUUCAACGUCGCCGCAAAAAGGUUAGAUUUUAGUGCAAAAUUCAUGCUUUUUGGAGUAAAUAAUACAUAAUUUACAACCAGAAUUGUUUUAGUGCAUUAAAAUAAACACAUUAUCUCGUUGUAUCGAUAGGCUAAAAAGGUAUAAAAUAUUUUUGUAAUUAAUACAAAAAAUGUAAACCCUUUUGCUUAAUGUAUAAUUUUCCAUGAUCAAUUAUAAACAAAAUUAAAAGACUUUGACCACUAUAUCCCGGCCAGCUGGGAUAAGCUUCUGAACACGCACUUUUCUGAAAAAAUCUGACAUCAAGCGUUUAUAGCUGGCUUCAUCUUGGCAAUGUAAUUUGUCAUAAAUAUGACAAGAUGAGUUACAUUAACACCCAGCCCGGUAGGCAAGUCUUCCCGAGUAUAAAUGUGUUUAUCAUGGCAAAUACUAUAGACAAUGCAAAGCAAGGUCUUGGUAAGGCAGGCCAGCUUGGUACCCACAUAAAUGCAAGUUGAGAAGGCCUACCACUGGCACUAAUUGUAUUUUUGCCUGAUGCUGUCUGGAUCGGUUUGCCUGCGUAUCAAUUACAUAUGAUUAAACAUCACUUAUAUAGACAUUAGACAUCCAUAUUUAAUAUGAUAUAUUAUUGAUGUAUUAUUGAAAUGCGAACGAUACGAGGUAGCAAUUGGUGAAAAUCAUAGACUGAAAGUAAUUGAAAAUGUUUUUUUACAGGAUCAGUCACGGCGAAAAUGAAACCGUUGCCACGUGAUAAAAAAGCUUUAUUUCAGGAAGCCAGUUCCUUGGGCUUGCUGGGAGCGAGUCCUGAUUUACAAGAACCGAGAGCAAAGCUUAUAGAUUUCAUUAAUAGUUCGAGGACGAUUAGACGAAGCAUUAAUCAUGUCUUAAUUCUAUUAUUUGGCGAGUCUGGCGUUGGCAAAUCGGCCACAAUUAAUCAUCUCUUCGGCACUAAGGAUGAAAUUGCAAAAACAAGUGAAUCCCAGUCAGAAACAAGAUCUACUCAAGAGUUCAUCAUAUACAGUAGUGAACCACGAUAUGAAGUUAAAAGACUUCCACUAGGAGUAGUUGACACUCCAGGACUUAGUGACACUGAUGGUUCCUACCAAGAUGGAUGCAAUCUUUUGUCUAUAAAACAGUUUUUCGAAACACAUCCGAAGCUGUCAGGAUAUUUCCCAAACUUGAUUUUUCUGAUUGUGAAAUCAACUGAUAAUCGGAUCAUGGGAAAAAACAGCGAACUUGCGAAAUCGUUGAGAUGCAUCAAAGAACUCAACUUAGUUGAUCCUAAAAAUCCAAAUGUUGUGGCUAUUUUGAGCCAUGCAUGCGGAGUCCCAUAUAAAAAAGUCGAAAAAUGGUCUGAAAAAAUGGAAACAAAAAAGUCUGCUGUUAAAAGAAUCAUAUUUGAAGCUUUGAAAGUGACUGCUCCAGUGGUCUUGCUGGAAAACAUGUACGGGGAAGAUGACAACGACCUAGAUGUUUCUGGUGAUUACACACGUCUUCCAAAUGGAGUACUGCAGCCUAAGAAUUUGUAUGAUGCUUGUGCAGGCGUCCUAAAGAAAAAUAAGGAUUAUCUUGCUCUCAUUACUUUAAACAGUGUCUUUGCAGCAUCCACGAAGCUUCCUCCUCCAGAACUUGGACAAAAGAAUGAAGCAAAGAACGCGGAAAGUUGUACACUUAACGCUAAAGAAAGAGCGUUCGUUGAUUCAUUGGAAAAAACGGCCAGAGGAG